AUGCGUACUCGUCGAGUCCAAGCGAUCCUCUCGGCUGUCGUCGCGCAAGCUCUGUUCGUCAAAGCAGCCCCUGCUGUCUCGGACCCGUGUGCGAUCUUCGCGGGCCAGACAUUCGUUGCUCCCUCGCAGGCUCUCGCAUGUCUCAAGUCCUUUCCGUUCAACGAGACUCUGCGGCAGAAUGUGCUAACAGUGAUCUCGCGCGUCUUUGACUUCUACACUUUCGAGGAUUUUUACCUAAACUCCCCGCCACCGUUUCAGGAGUCAACGACGAAUAUCCGUGCGGACAUUGCUCGGAUUAACAGUACCAAAUACGAGACGGACUACGACUUCAACAGGGCAGUGUACAACUUUACUACCCAAAUGAAUGACGGUCACACGCGCUGGUUGCCCAGCUGCUACCAGACCUUCCAGAACCUCCUCCCUGCGCCGGUCGUGACCCUCGAGGAUGAAAACGGCGUACAGAACGUCUUCGUUGCGCCCGACUCCGUGGAGUUCGUUUCGCUCCUCGGCGACGAAUUUACGGGCUUCUUCGAUCAAAUCGGCUUCGACUGGAAGCGCCUUGCUGGCGCGCGCGUCCUGGAGAUCGACGGCAUGGACGCGUACGCGUAUGCUGACCUCAUCGCGAGCACCGAGACCGGCAAUUACCUCGACCACGGCGUCCGCGUCAACAGCGUGUUCAGUAGCUACCGUAUCUCAGAUACCGACUUCUCGCAGCGCUUCGGAGACAUAGCGGGGCCUGCGUUCCCUGACCGUGAUUCGCUUACUAUGACGCUGAUCCCAGUUGGAUCGACCCAGGCUGAGACAGUCACGGUCCCGUACCUCGCGGACUACCUUGGCGCCAACUUCACUGAUCAAGCGUCUUUUUGGGAAGUCAACUGUGCCGCGAACAAUGAGACAAAUGGUGUAGACCUCAAAACGCAAUUGCCAGGCAGCGGAAGCGCUCUGCGCAAGCGAGACAUUGGGCGCACAGGCCGUAAGCUUGCACGUGCGGCCAUCGUCGACAAGUCGAACAGCAAUGCCGUAGGGUUGCCCCAGCAAUUCAUCCCGACGCUCUCUCCAGUGAAUGGCAGCACCGGUGUCAUCAAGUCGUUCAUCCUUCCUAGCAAUAAGACCGGCGUUAUGUUUGUCGGCUCCUUUGAAGGCGACUUCAACCAGUUCCAGACCGACACGGACGCAGCGAUUAAGCAAUUCAAGGCCUCGGGCGUCACCCGCCUGCUUGUUGAUCUGACCAACAACGGCGGCGGCUUCGUCUGCCUCGGACAAUUCCUGCAUCAGUACCUCGUCGGCACUACGAAUCUGGGCAACGCGGGCAACCCCGGCUUCCAAUCUACGAACCGGGGUAACACCCUUGCAAAGAAGAUUGUCGCGUCGGACAUCGCGCUGGGUCUUAACGAUAAUCUGUCGUUCUAUACCCCAGAUAAUUGGGCUUUCCUCAACAACACAGAAAUGCCCCUUACACACAACUACAUCAACCCGAGUGUGCCAUUCACCGUUAAUGGCGUCACGGAUCAAGACUCGCAGCGUUUCUUCGAUACAUGCGAUCUUGAGUUCGUUGUUGAGCCUCCAGAAGAAUCUCCUUUUGACCUCAACAACGUCGCGAUCGUGAGCAACGGCGACUGCGCGUCGACCUGUGCCAUGUUCAGCACGCUCAUGUUCGAGCGCCACCAAACCAAGGUCGCCGUCUUCGGUGGCAAGCCUGGCGAGCAGCUGCAGUACAAGGGCAUGGCCGGCAACCAGGUUCUCGAAUGGACGGACAUUGACAACGAGAUCAAGACCGCAAACCUUAAGGAUGAUCCCUUGGCGCCCCCGGACUUGUUGGUUAACGCUGACUUCCGACACAACUGGAGGACUGCUUGGAGCUUCUUCAACGAACAACUGCCAAUUGCCUACGUUUCUGAGCUCCCGCAGUUCCGCUUCCCAUACACGAAUGCGACAUACAACAACCCAGAAGCGCUCUGGACCUUCGCCGAAUCCAAGCUAUUCUCAUGA